AUCUUACACUCACCUUGACAAAACUCGCCACGAUCGGGAACCAGUGUAUUUAUAACCAUACGUGACGGGGCAGCUCGGCAUACAACAUGAGAAAAGCACUCGUUCUUGCUCUUGUUUCGGCGUACAUUGGUAUUGCGGUCUUUGAGACCUGUACUAAUAACAAUGACUGCAGCAACACCACUCAGUGUGACAGCGUAACCGAAGUACAGUGCACCAACGGAACAUGUACCUGUGAACUCAGAGAAGGGUUUUGUGACUCGAGAGGUGACUGCUUGAACAUGCAAAACUGGUUUUGUCCCGCCGAGCUCAGACACUGUAUUGAUCAGCACUGCCGAUGUCGCUUUAUGUGAAAUAAAUGCUUAUAAAGAUUG